AUGAGCGCCACCACGCCCGAUGCGCUGCCGCUGCUGAACGCGCUGGAAGCUGACUGGGCUGCGAACGGGACCGAAGCAACGCAAGCGAAUGGUGCUGAGUCUGCAAGAGUCCAUCCAUCACUGCUGCAAGCAUGGCGGGCAAAGCUUUCCGCAGCUGCAUCAUAUACUUCUGGUUACAGGGACGGCUACGGGCUUCUGACAGUUGUUGCGAUUACAGUGUUUGCGUUCAUCUCGAGCUGCUGUGCGAUAGUGUCGACAAGAGCGUUUCUUGUCAAUGACAGCUGUGAUGCGCGUCGAGCAGAUUCAGUGCUUGGAAUGCAUGAGCGUCGCCAGCGUCUCCUGCAAAGUCUGCACUCGCUUGGCAGACCAAGUGCCAAUCCACCCAGUUACAGGCCUAAGAAUGUCAACAAGCCAUGGCGACAGCUGGUGAUCGACAGCCCUCUUGAAGGCGACCGACUUGGGGUCAACCUCACUGAGGACACGCUGGUGAUCACCAGUUUCACGGAUCCUCGAGCCGAAGCCUUUGGCUUCAAGGUGGGAGAUCGUAUCUUGCACAUCAACGGCGUGCCCGUGUUUAAGCAGUUGGAUUUUCUUCAAGUUCUGUCAGGUGCGAUGCGAGAUUUCCAUCAACUGAAGCAGCCAAUCGUGGUGACCACCGUGGAUCCCACGUCCAGUGCGAACAAGCUGCCGCGCGAGGAGCUGCAGAGAAGUUUGGCUGUGUGCGGGAGAUGGCAGUUGAGCAGCGGCGAAAUCUUUGUCAUCAGCCAGAUGCCUGGGGUCGAGCAGCUGCUUCUGACUCUUCUGAUUGGAGAGAGCACCGCUGCAACAGGCUUGCUUGUGCGAGACGGGCCGGACCUGCGAUGCCACCUAUACCGGACGGACAACACCGAGUUUGGUGAGGCAUGGCUCAGCUUCAACGCGCAGUCCGAGAAGAUAGAGGCUUCGCUGAAGCCGGCUGGCUCAGAACGCUACGGGAAGGUUUUGGCGGCCUCAAAACUCGCAGGAACUCCUUCGCAAGCGACGCCAUUGCCUUGUCCACGACAGCUUUCGGGCGGUCCAUACUCAUCGGCAGCUUCUUCCUGGCCAGUGUCCUUGACAUCUCUGCCACCGAAGAAGCUAUCUGGUGAAGAUGUUACGUGA